AGAGAGAGAGAGAGAUCGUGGACAAAUGCAUUCAGAUCCCUGCAGUCACCAGCAGAGCACAAUUCACUGCUGUCAUACAUUUGCUGCUCAUCUAUAUUCCUGCCCUUCCCGUGAUGCUGUGAUUUUUCCUGUCAUGGAUUUUCCAUUUUAGGGUAUGUACUUCAGAAAAACCUGGGACAGAAUAGAAUCAAGUACUAGACAGAUUCACAUUUGCUUUUAGAAGAGCGUCUUGGACUGCUCAACAUACAGGUGGAUCGUUUUUUGAAGACUACAAUAGGCACUGUAUUGGGAAUAGUAUCUCAAGCACGCUGGAUGCUACAGUGUGUGGCAUGAUACAGUGGACUGGUUCUGGGUCCAGGGGAAGAUGCCUGCUAUCCUGGUGGUCACUAACAUGAAGUCUGGACUGCCGAAGCCGAUCCACAGCGCCCUCCCCAUCCCGCAGGUGCCUACCCGGGCUGUGGCCCCCCGGCCCUGCUUCACCAGCCCCCCACAGAGCAGCGCUCACCUCCACCUUGGAAGCCAAGGCGGGUGGGCAACAGGCAAAAACUACCAUCCUGCUGACAGUGGAGAGGACACACAGAUCUACACGGACUGGGCCAAUCACUACUUGGCAAAAUCGGGACACAAGCGGCUGAUUAAAGACCUGCAGCAGGAUGUGAGCGACGGCGUGCUGCUGGCUGAGAUCAUCCAGGUCAUUGCAAAUGAGAAGAUUGAGGAGAUUAAUGGAUGCCCUAAGAGUCGUUCUCAAAUGAUCGAGAACAUUGAUGUCUGUCUGAGCUUCCUAGCAGCAAAAGGUGUGAACAUACAUGGACUUUCAGCUGAAGAGAUACGGAAUGGAAAUCUGAAAGCCAUCUUGGGGCUUUUCUUUAGCCUGUCUCGAUACAAGCAACAGCAGCAGACAAACAGACAGACACACACGCAACACACACACACACACGCUCCCUUAAGCCAGCAGAGCAGCGCUCCGGACCAACUGAACUCCACCUCGCAUGGGACACACACACACAAAUCACAGCCAGAGAUGCAGUCCAGGGAUGGCUCUCAGAGUAAACUCAAGUUUUCCAUUGGUCAGAAAAAGUCUUCUAGAUUACCUGGCCCCACCUCGAGGAUGUCCACUGCGGGCAGUGAGAGUUCCCCUCGAGGGUCCAUCAGUUCAGCAGGGAAUCGCCGCAGUCAGGUGUUCAGUGAUAAAUCCAAACCUGCAGCAGCUCAGGCCAAAGAAUCAUCAGAGAAUGUCACCUCACACGGCGUGACUGAGCACACUCUGUCAUCCCUGGCGUCCGCCUGCACCUCUGUCAGCACCAGCACUGUGGCAUCUUCAUCUUCAUCUUCAUCUUCAUCGUCAGCCAUCCCCCAGCCCAACUCAAGUAGCAAACCCUGGAGAAGCAAAUCUCAGAGCACCAAGCACACUGCUACCUCCACCGCUCCCUCCACGGUGCUUUCCAUCAAACCAGAUCCCCAAGCCAAGCAGCCCGUGCCUGCAGAGCCACCACCGAAAGCUGUGCCUCAGAAGUCCAUGCUGGAAAAACUCAAACUUUUCAACAGCAAAGGUGGCUCCAAGUCAUCCACACCAGCAGAGGGCGCGGUUACGCCAACAGUAGGAAAAGAUGCCGGUUUGGUUUUAGAAAAAGUCAAGGCUGGCUCCAAUACAGAACCCAUUGAGGAAAUGGAUGGUAACGUUAGACCCACGAACGGAUCGAGUGCUGUUACCAUGACAACCAGCAGCCCAAAGAUUGCACUAAAGGGCAUUGCACAGCGGACACUUAGCCGGGCACUCACGGCGAAAAAAGCUUCAACUAAAGCCUUAGAGAAAGAAAAGCAAAAAGACCGAGCUAAGGAGAAAGACAAAAAUGGGAAAGAGGGCUCAAAGCGUGUCCCUGCCUCCGAAAAGGUAGAGACCAAAGAGGAAGUUAAGGAGGAAGUUGUUCCCUCAAGCAGAGUUGCUCCCUCCGAGGCAGAGCCCAGGAAAGCCUCCAAGAUCGCCAGCUUUAUACCCAAAGGUGGCAAGGUGGGAGGUACCAAGAAAGAUAGCUCCGCCCCUGUGCAAAGUGGAAUUCCAAAACCAGGAAGUAAAAACUCAGGAAAUGGAGCGGUAAAGAGUUCAGCGUUGCCCCUCGGUGGAAAAGACAACGAGAGGCCCCGCAGUAUGCGUCUGGGCGAGGGUCUGGGACUUCAUAGGGACAGCCGGCAUUCCUCGUCCUCUUCCAGCCUGGCUUCCACUGAGGGGAAAGGACACCAGAGCGCCGCCCCGGUGGCCAAUGGAACACAAUCUACAGCCAGCAACACAGUCAGUGUGCAGCUGCCUCAACCCCAGCAGCAGUACAGCCACCCCAACACAGCCACCGUAGCACCCUUCAUGUACAGGUCUCAGAAUGAGGCAGAUGGAAACGCUGACACAAACCCAAGCUCUGGAUGUCGUAGUGGUGACUCCAGUAGCUUCAGUAAGAUCAACCAGUCUUCUACUGAGGACCUGUCAGGUGAAGAUCCAGAGACCAGACGACUGAGGACUGUCAGAAAUAUUGCUGACCUGCGGCAGAAUUUAGAAGAGACCAUGUCAAGUUUGCGGGGGACACAGAUCACACACAGUACACUGGAGACCACUUUUGAUGGUGGCGUUACUACUGAAAUGAGCAGUCGAAGCAUCCUCAGCAUGGCAUCUCGACCCGCGCCGCUGUCCUGGGCCAGUCGCAUGGGCCAGUCCAGCCCUCGUCUACAAGCAGGAGAUGCUCCCUCGGUUGGUAACAGCUAUCAGUCCCGCAGCGGAGGUGUGGCGUCCGGCCAGGGCCGGUAUCUGUAUCGGGCUCCUCUACGGAAGCAGCUGGCAGUGCGCGGCAGCGCCCUCUGUGGCCUGGAGCUGGGAGACAGGGUGGAGGAUCUGGAGCUGGCAGGUGUGGGUCUGGAAAUGAGCGGCUACAUGAGUGAUGGAGACGUGCUGGCUAAGAACGCACGCACUGAUGAGCUGACCAGCGGGUACAUGACGGAUGGGGGAUUGAGUCUGUAUACGCGGCGAUUAAACCGGAUGCCGGAUGGAAUGGCAGUGGUACGGGAAACUCUGCAGCGUAAUGCCUCCACCGGCCAGGGAGAUGCUGACAGUUGGGAUGACAGUAGUUCCGUCAGCAGUGGGAUCAGUGAUGCUAUUGAUACUGAUGACAUCAACACCAGCUCCUCCAUAAGCUCUUACGCCAACACCCCCGCCGCGUCCCGUAAGGCAGUGAACGGACAGCCUCAGACAGAUGCAGAGAAGCAUUCAGCAGCCGAACACACCACUGCUUGGUCCACUGAUGAAGUUAAGAAGUCAGAUGGGGGUUUGGAUUGCGACAUCAAAAUGGAAGCGGGUCUGAAGUGGCGGCGGAACCCUACAGAUGUUUCAGAGGAGUCGGAUAAGAGCAGCUCUGGACGGAAAACGGCACCCAUCACUCAGACGGGCUCCUGGAGGAGGGGCAUGAGUGCACAGGUGGGCGUGACUGUACCGCAGACGAAAAGUACAACAGUAGCCACGGGAACCGGCAUGAUUAAGACACAAGGGACAGGUAAAACAGAUGAUGCUAAGGUCUCCGAAAAAGGCCACAUGUCUCCCAGUUCCAACAUCGUCCAGCAUUCCUCCUCCGACGCUGGUCGAAGCAGCGGAGACGAAGCCAAGAAAACACCCGCAGGCCGAGUCCCCACAAGCACAUUUGGUUUCAAAAAGCCCAAUGGCGUCCAUGGCCCGGCCACUAUGGUAACCACCUCCAGCAUCACUCUGGUGACAGCAAGCGGCGCCACCAUUACCAGCGGCUCUGCCACCCUGGGGAAGAUUCCCAAGUCCUCCGCCCUUCUGGUCGGUGGGAGAGGGUCGUUAAAAGGAGCUGUGGAUGGUUUAUUGCCCUCUCAGGAGGAUGGCUACCUGUCCCCCAGUGCUCGUUCAACACUGCAGUACAGAAGUCUACCUCGACCCUCUCGUUCUGGAGCCACGGCCCGUAACGGAAACCGAUCGUCCACAAGCAGCAUUGAGUCAAGCUUGAGCUCCCGGACACCUGUCCUUGCUGCUGUCACUGCCAGCAAACCGAAAGAUUCUGCCACUAAAACCAAUGGACACAUAAUCCAAGCCAAUCAGACAGACAAAGAGAAGGGCGUGGCCUCAGAGAUGGACAACCUGAGAACCAAUCCGAUUGUUUCGGGAGGAGGGGCGGCAACUAUCCCACAGACAGCGAGACAGGGAAACAAGUAUAGUGAGGUCUCGUCUCCAACAUUGCGAAGACUUUUUGGAGGAAAGGCUGCUAAACAAGCCCCGGUCACCACUGCAGAGGGCAUGAAAAACUCAGUCAUCAUUUCCAACCCCCAUGCUACCUUCGGGCACACCCAGUCCUCCGGUGGGCCCUUGGACUCCCCCUCCACAAUACCAGGCAGCGGCGGCAGCAGUCCUCUGUACGGGGGUCGCGGUGCCAGCAUAGGGGGCAGCGAACAAGCUUCCAGCCCUGGUUCGGUGUACUCUACAGGCACUGGGACCUGGGGCACAACCAUCAGCAGCUCUUCGGCUCUCGGCUACCCCUCCGUCAGCAGCAUGCACACCAGCAGCGAGUCCAUCGACAUGUCAGUGGGCAGCGGGCAUCACCGUGACGAUGUCCACCCAGUACUGAUGAGAACGGGUAGUGCCAAGACAGAGAGUCCCCUCUCCUCUCCCUCUGCGAGUCCUAAAUUCAGCCGUAACACAUUGCCACGGAAGCAAGACAGGUACACCCCUUCAUCACAGCUGCGUCAGGAAGAGGCACGUGAUUGGCUGCGCUCACAUUCAGCUGGAGGUUUGCAGGACUCUCCCUUCUCCACCGGCUCCAGCUUGACGUCACCAUCCGGAACGCGAUUUAAUUUUGCUCAACUUGGAAGCCCCACCACAGGUGCUCAGAUUAACCUAGCCAGCCUGCGCAACAACAGCUUGACCAAUCAGGACAACCCGCUGGACAGCCAUGGUGAUUCCCGUCUGCGCAACUCCUGCAUGUCACUGGACGAGAAGACUCGCACCAUGAGCCGGUCGGGAUCCUUCAGGGAUGGGUUCGAGGAAGUUCAUGGAUCGUCUCUCUCGCUGGUGUCCAGCACCUCUUCUGUCUAUUCAACGACGGAGGAGAAAUCACAGUCAGAGAUCCGCAAGCUGCGUCGAGAACUGGACGCCUCCCAGGAAAAGGUGUCCGCCCUGACAACGCAACUCAGUGCUAAUGCCCACCUGGUGGCAGCGUUUGAGCAGAGUUUGGGCAACAUGACCAUCCGACUGAAGAGCAUCACCAUGACCGCAGAACAGAAGGACUCUGAGCUGAAUGAGUUGAGGAAAACCAUCGAGCUGCUAAAGAAGCAAAACGCAGUGGCUCAAGCGGCCAUCAAUGGCGUCAUCAAUACUCCAGAACUCACCUGCAAGAGUGAACGCACAGGUAAUAAUGGGGCGCAGCCGGACCUGCGCAUGCGCAGACAGCACUCAUCUGACAGCGUCUCCAGCAUCAACAGCGCCACUAGCCACUCCAGCCUGGGCUCCAACAUGGACAACCCUGACUCCAACAGUAAGAAGAAGAAGAAGAACUGGGUGUAUGAGCUGCGGAGCUCCUUUAAACAGGCCUUCAGUAAGAAGAAAUCACCUAAAUCAGCCUCGUCCCACUCAGACAUUGAGGAGAUGACGGAUUCCUCUCUCCCUUCCUCUCCCAAACUCCCUCACAACGGCACCAGCACCUCAGCACUGCUGCUCCGCAACACACACUCCAGCUCAAUACUGUCAGACUGUCUGGAUGGGGAGGCGGAGACUGUGAUGCAGCUGCGUAGUGAGCUACGAGAGAAGGAGAUGAAGUUGACAGACAUUCGAUUGGAAGCGCUAAGCUCCGCCCACCAGCUGGACCAGCUGCGGGAGGCUAUGAACCACAUGCAGGUGGAGAUCGAGAAGUUAAAGGUGGAAAAUGAUCGCCUUAAGUUGGAAAGCCAAGCUAGUGGGAGCAGGGCGUCCGUCUAUAACCCGACCUCGACCUCGUCCGCAACGCCUGGCCUGUCUGAACACAGCCUCAACCUCACAGAGUCCACCAGCUUCAACAUGUUGUUGGAUGAUUCUAGUGGAGAUGGAAGCUCUCGUAAAGAGAGCAGACAUGUGAAAAUAGUUGUCAGUCUUCAAGAGGACGUCAUGUGGAAAGAGGACUGCAGGACUCGAGACUAUCUGAUUGGAUGCAUUGGUGUCAGUGGAAAAACCAAGUGGGAUGUUCUGGAUGGAGUUGUACGGCGCUUGUUUAAGGAGUACAUCAGGCAUGUAGAUCCGGUCAGUCAUCUGGGUCUGGGUUCAGACAGUGUGGAGGGUUAUCGUAUUGGAGACGUGAUCCGGUCCAGCGGAGCAGACACACCUGAGCUCCUGCCUUGUGGAUACCUUGUGGGAGAGAAUGACACAAUCAACAUCUCGCUGAAAGGUGUGAACUCUCAGUCGGAGGAUUCUCUGGUCUUCGAGACAUUGAUUCCCAAACCCAUGCUCCAGCGUUACGUGUCUUUGCUCCAGGAACAUCGCAGGAUCAUCCUUUCAGGCCCCAGCGGUACUGGAAAAUCUUACCUGGCCCACAGACUGGCGGAGCAUCUGGCGCUGCGCGAGGGCAAACUGCCCAAUGAGAGCAACAUCGUCACCUUCAGUGUGGACCAUAAAUCCAGCAAGGAGUUGCGUCAGUACUUAGCAAAUAUAGUGGAGCAGUGCAGCACUGACGGGCAGGAGACUGAAGCCCCUCUUGUGCUCAUUCUGGACAACCUUCAUCACGUCAGCUCACUGGGAGAGAUCUUCAACGGCUUGCUUAACUGCAAAUACCAGCGCUGCCCGUAUAUAAUCGGCACGAUGAGUCAGGCGACAUCUUCUGCUCCAAACCUGCAGCUUCAUCAUAACUUCAGAUGGGUGCUGUGUGCUAAUCACAUGGAGCCGAUAAAAGGUUUCCUGUGCCGGUUUCUGAGGAGGAAGCUGAUCGAGACAGAGAUCGGCAGCCGAACACGUAACCCUGAGCUGGUGAAGAUCAUAGACUGGAUCCCUCAGGUCUGGCACCACCUCAACCGCUUCUUGGAGGCCCACAGCUCCUCUGAUGUGACCAUUGGUCCACGUUUGUUCCUGUCAUGUCCGAUGGAUGUGGACGGUUCUCGCGUUUGGUUCACUGACCUGUGGAAUUAUUCCAUCAUCCCCUACAUGCUAGAGGCUGUGAGAGAAGGCUUACAGCUAUACGGUCGCAGAGCUGCAUGGGAGGAUCCUGCGCUGUGGGUUCUGGAGACUUUUCCCUGGGCAGCUUCUCAUCAACACCCUGAUUGGCCAGCUCUGCUGCAGCUCCGCCCAGAGGACGUGGGCUUCGACGGAUACUCUGCCUCCAGAGAGGGCCUUAACAAACAGAGUACUCAGAGUGACAGUGAUGCCGACCCACUGAUGAACAUGCUCCUGCGUCUAAAAGAGGCGGCCAGCUGCUCCAGCCCGCCGAGCUACGACAGCGACUCCAACAGCAACAGUCACCAUGAUGAUAUCCUGGACUCUUCGCUGGAGUCCACACUAUGAUCCAGCCUGAUCCGUUCUGCCAUUUAAUUCCUCAGCUCUAAUGCUAGCUGAGGCAGCAAAAUCAAGUCAUUACAUCACAUCUACGGGUGCAGGUAACCCAAAUAAAGAAUGAUGCUUUAUAUAUAAAAAGAUAUAUCUAAAAAAAAAAAUAUAUAUAUAUAUAUAUACGCCAAAACUCAACUGUACUUAUAGCUGCCUCAUGUAAAUCGUCAACAAAAUCAGAAGAAAGUGCUUUGUCCCAAUUUUUACCUCAAAAGUAAAAGUGCGGUCACAUUAGCCAAAUUUAAUGGACCAAAAAGGUUCAUUAUCUGUCGUCAGUAAUGUAGCGAUGUAUGAAACACAGCGCACACAAUUCACUUUCAAACCAAACGGUGAAUGUAUGUGACCAACCUGAAUUUGCUGCAAAAUCUGCGUGGAUACAUUUUUCACCCUCACACGAAAUUCCCAAUUUUAUGGAUUCCUAUUGAAAUGAAUGGAUUUCACCUACAAUAAUUCGCAGAAAUUCUGUAAAUGUGAUCGCACCUUAACUGUCGAAGAAACCUUUGCAAACAAUGCAAUGCUGGUUUGUCUUACCCUCUACUGGUGAAACGGAGGAAUUACAUCUUGAAUCUGAGACUAACAUCUCGGCGUCAGCAUCUCUUUCCUUAUAGACUUUCCCUGUUUUGUUGGACUUGCUUUACAAAACCAGCUUGAUCGAAUGCUGACCAUCAUUUCAUGUUUUACAUGGUAAGGAUACAGAUGAAGUAGCAUGGUGCUACACUUAUGAUUUUGGACUUAUUUAUUGUGACGAUUGGAAAAAAAUACCUCGUUUGCCAUCUGGGACGUGCUUUUGUUUUGCCCUUCUGCAUUUUUGGUUAAACCACCUGUUUCUUAACUGCUGACCACAUGUUUCAGUGUUCUACUGUAGCACAAAGCCUAUCGAUCUAUUUUUUAAACUCGAUCGCACUCGGUAUUUGGUGCUGAAUGGAAUCUGGUGCCUUACUCCAUUUUGUAAAGAAAAAAAAAAAACGGCACUAUGUUUUAUACUUCCGAAAAAUGCUGAUUUUAUUACAGUUCGUAAUUGAACUACAGGGCUCUGCACUAGUCAUUUGAA